ACCACCACCACCACCAUGCUCUCAUUCCCUUCCCAUUUCACCACUCACUCCAACGAACGAUGAUGAAACAAUCACUACUACGUUCGUAAUUCGCAAUUCCUCAACCAAGAUAACAAAAUGGUACUUAUUGCCUUCGAAUUCAACUCCAAUUUCACUUCCUCUACUUUGCAUUAUGCUUCCAAUUCAUUCUCUCAUACUAGAAACUUCAAUUUUACUCCGCUUAUGCUUUCUAUCAAGAAUGAUGCUUCUAAUCAUUCUAAUUUUGUUACUCACAAGGAAUUGGAAUUUAAACCAUCUUUUGAUGAAUAUUUAAAGGCUAUGGAGUCUGCCAAAUCUGUUAUUAGGGUUAAGAAAACAUCCAAAAAUGAGUCUGAUGAUGGAAAUCAUGUUAGAAAUUUCAGAAGGGUUGGACCGAAAAUUCGUAGGAAAGAUGCAGCUUUCGAAGAUGAUGAAGCAGAAACAGGAAAAUUGAAUAAAGGGUUUAAGAAUGAAAAUGGUGAGAAAGAAAGUAAUCUUGAUUAUAGGACAAAGAAGAAUAAUUGGAGUCAUAGUAUAGAGCCGAAAUCUGAUAACUGUAGUGGAAGGAAAUCUGAUAACCGUAGUGGAGGGAUUAGCAAUAAGAUAAUUAGGUCUAAUUCGAAUGGUAGCCGUGGUGGGAGUGUUGUAGAGAGGGGAGCCAAUUAUGGGUUAUAUUCUUCAAAGAUGUCCAAAGAAGAGGGUUUUGGUAGAAGAGAAAGAGAUCAUAGUAGAAAGGGUAAAACCCUUGGUGGUGAUCGUUUUGUAGACAGAAAAAAACCUAUGGAUCGUGGUCCUGGUAAAAGAUAUAGUGAAAUUGAGAGUUUGACGAAUAGAAAUGGACGGAUGAAUGUCAAAUCAAAUGCAAGUAGUAGUUCGAAUGGUGGCCGUGGUGAGAGUGUUGCAGAGAGGGAGGUCAAUUAUGGUUUAUAUUCUUCAAAGAUGUCAGAAGAAGAGGGUUUUGGUAGAAGAGAAAGAGAUCAUAGUAGAAAGGGUGAAACCCUUGGUAGUGAUAGUUUUGUAGAUAGAAAAAAACCUAUGGAUGGUGGUCCUGGUAAAAGGUAUCGUGAAAUUGAGAGUUUGACGAAUAGUAAUGGACGGAUGAAUGUAAAACCGAAUGGAAGUAGUAAGCGUUUUGUUAAUAGGGGUUAUGAUUCGGACAAUUUGGAGGUGGAACGAGCAGCAUUUAAGAAUCUUGAGGGCCCUAACAAUGUUAUAAGUAAGGCUCACUUUUCGCAUAAAGAUAGUUUUGUAGAUAGAAAAAAAGCUAUGGAUAGUGGUCCUGGUAAAAGGUAUAGUGAAAUUCAGAGUUUGAUUAAUAGAAAUGGACGGAUGAAUGUUAAAUCGAAUGGAAGUAGUAAGCGUUUUCUUAAUAGGGGUUAUGAUUCAGACAAUUUGGAGGUGGAACGAGCAGCGUUUAAGAAUCUUGAGGACCCGAACAAUGUUAUCAGUAAGGCUCACUUUUCACAUAAAGAAUUGGAGGAGAGAAUCCAGAAGCUAGCUAAACAGCUGAAUGGUGUGGAUGUCAAUUCACCUGAAUGGAUGUUUUCUAAGAUGAUAAGAAGUGCAAAGCUCAAAUUUAAUGACUAUUCUAUAAGAAGGCUUAUCACAAUCUUAGGAAAUCUCGGAAACUGGCAGCGAGUGAUACAAGUCAUCGAAUGGCUUCAAAAGCGUGAGCGCUUCCAGUCCCAUAAACCAAGGCAUGUAUACAAUGCUGCACUUGACGCACUUGGGAAGUUGAGGAGACCUGUGGAAGCACUAAAUGUAUUUCAUGCAAUGCAGCAACAAAUGUCCACAUAUCCUGACUUAGUAGCUUAUCAUAGUAUUGCUGUUACUCUUGGGCAAGCAGGGCACAUGAAGCAACUCUUUGAUGUGAUUGAUAUUAUGCGAUCUCACCCAAAGAAGAAGUUCAGUAAAGGGGUAUUUGAGAACUGGGACCCAAGGCUGGAACCUGAUAUUGUAGUUUAUAAUGCAGUCCUUAAUGCAUGCGUUAAGGGGAAACAGUGGGAAGGAGCAUUUUGGGUUUUACAGCAGUUAAAGAAGCAAAACAUAAAACCUUCGGCUGCAACAUAUGGCCUAGUUAUGGAGGUGAUGUUUUCAUGUGGCAAAUACAACUUGGUUCAUGAAUUUUUUAGAAAACUUCAGAAAUCUUCUAUUCCUAAUCCAUUAACAUAUAGAGUUCUCGUGAAUACAUUUUGGAAAGAGGGAAAAAUUGAUGAGGCUGUAUCGGCUGUCCUCGAAAUGGAAAGACGUGGAAUUGUUGGCUCUGCUUCUCUUUAUUAUGAUCUAGCUCGAUGCCUGUGUGCAGCUGGAAGACGUCACGAGGCACUGAUGCAGAUAGACAAGAUAUGUAAGGUUGCAAAUAAACCACUGGUAGUGACCUACACUGGCUUGAUGCAAGCAAGUUUAGACUCUGGAAACAUUCAAGACGGAGCUUACAUUUUUGAAAAAAUGAAGGACAUAUGUGCUCCGAAUCUGGUUACUUACAACAUAAUGCUGAAAGCAUACGUUGAUCAUGAGAUGUUUCAAGAAGCUAAAGAGUUAUUUGAGCAAAUGUUAGAAAACACAAAUCAUUUGAGUCGAAAAGAUGAUUACAAAAUGCGAGUGAUACCAGAUAUAUACACAUUCAAUACCAUGUUAGAUGCAUGUGCUGCAGAAAAAAGAUGGAUUUAUUUUGACUAUGUUUACCAGAGGAUGCUGUACCAUGGUUAUCACUUCAAUCCAAAACGGCAUCUUCAAAUGAUUUUGGAGGCUUCUAGAGCUGGAAAGGAAGAGCCAUUGGAGAUAACAUGGAAGCACUUGGCUGACACAGAUAGAAUUCCACCAGUUUCUCUAAUCAAGGAGAGGUUCUGUACAAAGCUUGAGAAGGAUGAUUAUAUUGUUGCUCUCAAAUGUAUCACCAGUAACACCCCAAAAGACUUGCAACCAUUUUCGAAGUCGUCGUGGUUGAAUCUAUUCAAAGAAAAUUCUCAACGGUUUCAGAAGGAUACACUUGUUAGACUAAUGAAUGCAGCUAGCAAUGUAAUUUCCAAUACUAGUGUGCCAAAUCCAGCACUUGUGUGUUUAAUUCAAUCAUGCAAAGAAUUUUGUUUUGCUACUAAUCUCAGUGUAGCUGACAUGGAUUCAACAAACAAUGUAUUUGCAUUAGAAAGCAAAGGGGAAGUAACCAAUACUAGGUGAACAUUUGUAUCCUAAAUUUUGGUAUAUAAACUCAUUCAAAAAUGUAAUGAAAGUAUUCCAUUAAAUGCA